AUUCCGGUAGGAUUUCCCAGCCUGACGUGGAGCGAUGGCAUCGAUGUCAUUCGCCGAUUCGCCCUUCGUCAUGCUUCCGACAAGCGCGGAUGCAUGGGCGAGCGCACAGCUGCCACCCGAGGUCCUUCGGGACGGCGAGCUCCUCGCGCAAGCGUACCUCGCCCACCUCACGGACGAGGCGCCGGCCGACCGGAGCACCCUCCUCGAGGCCUACGAGCAGCUCAAAGCGCAGCGCGUCCAGGCGCCAUCGACCGGGACGUUUGCGGGCGACGACCUCGACCGGCUGCGCCUCUUUGCUUUCCCGACACAGCCGCGCUCAUUCCAAGAGUCGUUCGACGCUGUGACACCGUCGGCAGUGCUGCGCGAAGCCGCCUUGACGACGCCAUCGCCGGCGACCAUCGACCAGGCGCUCGAGGCCUUCCAGACGCGCUUCUGCCUCAAGAAGACCAUGGCGCAGCUCGGACGCGCCAUGACACCGGACGUGACGUCCAUCGAGACGCCGUCGCCGUACCUGGUCUCGGCGCACGACCAAAGCGUCUUUCCCGAGAAGCUCUUCUCGCUGUCGUCCAGCCGCUUCCAGCUCGACAUGCUCGCGUACUUUCGUCUAAAGGAACCGGCGCUCUUUGCCAGCGGCAUGCACACGAUCGUUGGCUCGAUCCUCGACUGCCCGCCAUUGUCGCUAUGCGCCAUUCGCCCGCACUCGGCCGAGGCCGCGCUUCUCGCCGCGCACGUUGCGUUUGGAGCGCAGCUUCUGAACGACGCAGCGGGCGACCCGAUCGCGACGGGGUAUGCACUCUCGCUCUUGCUGGCGCUGGGCGAGUCGAGCGGCCACCUACAGCCGCUCUUGGUCGCGACCUCGUACCUCUUGCGCCCUGCGAACGCGUCCGUGGUCGCGGCGUUGCCCACCGACCAGUCGGCGCACUUGGAUGCGAUCCUGCGCCGCCUUGACGCGUACAAGGUGCAGUUCGAACUUAGUCUGGUGGUCGCCGACGCCGUGCUCAAGAGCGUGCAUGUCCUCGACGACGACGCCCCCAACGACAAUGACAAGAUAUUCUCGACGCUUGCUACCGACGGCAAGUACGUCUACGGCUGGAGCACCGGCCACGGGCUUCAAAAGGUCGGGUCGGGCUACCAUGGCGCGGUCGCUGGCAAGGUGUACGCCCACGCACCGGCGUCUUCGGUUGCCGAAAUCCUCUUUGCCUCGGACGACGAUUCGAUCCACUGGUCCGACUACACCGUGUCGCUUCUCGCGGCCGGUGACAGCGUGUACUUGGGCGUUGCGCGCAAGCGACCGACAGACGACGACCCGUCGACGACGCCGGCGCUGACACUGUGGGCGCUCGAUGCCUCGACGUUGACGCCGACCGCCCGCGUCGACGUGGCAACGACGGCGACGACGGUCUUUACGGAUGGCCACAGCCUCUUUACGGCCGCCGUCCACGGUGCCGAGCUUGUGCUGGAGCGACUGGUGCGGACCGAAGGCUUUGCUGUCGCAACGACAUGGCACGUGGCGCUCUCCGCCGAUGCGCAAGCGUUCUUUCGCAAAUCGAGUGACGCCAUGUACUACACCAACGGCCAUGCCGUAGUCGUGACGCAGCGCGGGUCACCGAUGCCGUCUCUGCAGCUGCAGCUCGAGAGCGAUGCGCCACAGGUGGUCCUAAGCCACCACGAUGCCGACGUCGACGCCUGCGCGCUUGUGUUUGACGCGCGCAACAACGUCGUAUGGCGCGCGAUGCAUGACCACGACGGCAACAUUUUGGUGUCACACCAGAACCACGGUCUCCACGUGGCGCCACCACCGGUCGUGUCGCCGACGCCGUCGGCCGUCGCGCAUCGGGUCGUAGCGCACCUGUCGCGGGUCCUCGACGCCUACGCCGGCGAUACGACCUAUCGCGCGCGUCACGUGCCCUUCCUCGUCGACUUGAGUCCAAAGACGUUUGAACUUCUUUUGAUCUUGGUGGCCGAGACCACCGAGGCGAGCGUGCUGGAGACGGCGCUUCGCUUGCUCUUGCGCAACGUGCAGCACUGGCACGCCGACCAGACGCGCUCGCAGGACGUUGGCGCGUUGGUUGGUGCGAGCGGCCUCGUGGCCAUUCUACAGCGACUCGUGGACGCCGCGCCGACGCCAAGCGUUCUCACGGCGGCGCAAGCCCUCUCGGUGGCGACUCUGGAGCUCUCCCACCCGACGCUAACGAGUCAGUGGACGUACGCGCUCUCGCUCCUCUCGGCCGCGGUGCACGGGACGCUGCCCGUGUCGCAGCAGCCGGCGCUGCAUCUCGUGUUGGCCCAACUGACGUCGCAUCCCAAGAUGCAGGCGUUUGCCAAGGAAGGCAUCGUCACGUCGUCGGCGUGGUCGUCGCUCUUGGAUCUCGUCGCGCACCAGUCGCAGGCAUCGCCCGAGAGCUUUGCGUACUCGCUGACGGCGCCACUCACGUCGCUCGUUGUGGCGUCCUGUCACGCUGCGGUGGGGGCAUAUGCCAAUGCGUGGCUGGACCUCGAUGGACUCGUGACACUGGCGCGUCAGCUCCUUGACACGGCGGCGCGCAUGUGUGAUCAUACGUCGACACCAAGCAAGGAGCUUGAGGCCGGCGUCGUCGGCCAGGCCGUGGGCGUCGUGGUUGCCUUUGUGCAGGCGGCGCUCGAGACGACGGCGCCGCCCGGCCUCGCGACCAUCGAUGCCUACGUCGCCUCCAUUGCAGCGUUGGUGCCCAAGCUGUCGGCCUUGACGGCAACGGAGGACGAGACGCCGGCGCGGACGCUUCAGGUGACGGACGCAGUCGGGACGCUCGAGUCGGCGCACCCAAACGUUGCCAACACGCAGAUCAACACGAGUUUUGUGCUGCCGGGCGCGUCGACGAUGACGAUUUCGUUUGAUCCGCGGUCGGCCACCGAAGGCUACUACAACAGCAUUACGUUCUACACGGACGAGUCGUGCGCAGCGUACCACGGCGAGGAGCGGUACUAUGGCCACGGCGACAGCACUAUGUUUCCAGGCAUUGGGUCGACGCCGCCGCUUCAAAUCCCGACCAACAAGUGCUUUGUCGUGUUCCGGACCAUGGAGAACGCCGGUACAUUUUUUGGCUACCGCUUCACCGCGGUCGCCAAGGACACGCGCCACGUAGUGUCGCUCUCGGUGCCGCGCCACUUGCUAUCGGCGCUGAGCGCGACGCUGGGCAGCAUUGCGACCAAGGCGUGGUCGACGUGGAGCCCGACAGAGGCGUCCGAAGUCGAGCACGAGUCGCUCUUGCAGACGCCGCUCUUCCGCGGUGGUUUGCGCGCCGAGUCGCCGGUCGCGUUCUUGCACGAGCUCAUCGAGCUACCCGAGGGGUCGCCAGCCGAGACGGUCGCCAAGCUCCUCAAGGCCAAGACGAUCCAGGACCAGGGCGCUGUGCCGUACAUCAACCGCGCCGUGCGGGCCGUGGCCGCCGCCCUUUUGCACCACAACGGCGUGACCAUGGAUGCGAUCGCACUCUCGCAGGGCCUUCGGAGCGAUGCGAGCGCGGCCUUGCUCAAAGCGUGGCGCAACGCACAGAAGAUGCGCCAUUGGCUUCAUCUCGGCGAUGCCAAGCCCGCGACCGAGUCCAAGCCGACGCUCAAGCGACAGCCGUCCGCGUACGCCGGUGCGUCGGACGAAGCGCUCCAAGUGCUCUGUGCCAACGUUGUCGCACGGGCGCGCUUCCUUUUGACGCUCGAGCCAGCGACGUUGCUCGAGGACGAUGGCAGCGCGACCAAGCGCCGGUGGGGGGCGCUGGCCAAGCUUGCGAGAAGCCACACGCCGGAUGCGAAUGCGUCGCUGAUGACCAAGUGGCACGCGCUCAUCGACGAGGCCAAGGCGGCGACGGACCUCAAGGCGCUUCUCAGCUACCGCAAGAGCGCUGCGGGCCGCGACCCGACGGCCAAGACGACGACGGAGCUCGUGCUCGGCUUUGUGCAGAGCGAUGCGAGCGUGGCGGACGUGUCGAGUACCAUUGCCGUGCGCAACGCACGCGCCUUGCUGCGCGGCGUCGGCUUGGACGCGCUUCAUGCUGUGGUCGCGACCAAGACUGGCGUCUCGCCGGCCGUCGUGUUGGACCAGUUUGCCUCGACGUUGCAGGCGUCGGCAGCGCCGACCGUGCAGCUCACGCGGAGCUUGGAAGGCAGCGACGUUCUCGGUCGCGUGCGAGUCCGGUCGGCGUUCAGCGCCGUCGUCGGUCGCCUCGCGUCGGCGUUGACACCGCCCUCGGACGAAGCGUUGCUUGUCGCAAGCCUCAAACUGCUGGCGAUGGACUUCGAGCCGCGUGACGUCGAGUACCUCACGCCCGACCUCGUCACGCUCGUGUUCGACUUGCUCUUGUCCUUGCGCCCGACGGUGCGGCACGCGGCCCAAGCGACCAUUCGACUCUGGUGCGACUGCUUCCUCGGCGCAGACGUGGCGCGCUCGUCGCCGUUGACGCCGCUGCUGGUGUCGCUCUUGCAAAACUACACGGCGCUCGCGACAUCGACGCUUUUGGCGGCGGACGCAGACCGUCGCCCGAUGCACUUGGCCCGCGGCAUGCACCACGUGCCAUUGGAGCUCGUCGCGCAUAACGUCUUUGCGCUGCAUUUUGCACUGUUUUGCGAAGCGCUGCCGAUCCGCUUGCUCAAGAUGGGCGACCGUGUGACGCGCGGCCCGCAGUGGAACCUCUUUGGUGACGACGCACUCGGCAUGGGCGUCGUCGGCACCGUCGCCAAGCUCGACGGCACGGCGGCGGCGGUGCAGUGGCGCACGGGCGACGGUGUGCUUGGCGAGAGCGGCGAGGCCAGUGCAACGACCAAGUUUUUCCACUACUCGGACGCCGCCCAAGAAAUCGUACCUCUCGAUCGCGACGCGAGCGGCCUUGUCUGCGCAUUUGAGAACGAAACCACCGAGGUCUGCCGACUGCACAUCAACUUGGCCGGGUGCUUCGAGCUCCAGAUCGGCGCCGACGUGGUGGCGACGAGCGGCGCGCCAGUGCCAGCGUCGCUUUGGCACCGAGUGGUGGUGACCCGCCAAGAAUCGUCGCUCCAAGUGCUCCUCAACGACGACGUCGUACUGAGUCAUGUGCUGCACGACGCUGCUCUCUCGGUCGUGUUUGGCCAGACUCGGCUUUUGCAGCAAAAGCCUGCGGCCGCCUUUGUCUCGAUGCACGCCGACACACCACCGUCGACGGAAGCCCCGAAAGACGGUGAGCUGGACGUUGGCUUGCAUCUCAUGAGCACGCUUUUGUCGACGGCGACGUCGGCGCCGCAGGUGCUCAAGCCGCAGAGUACGCUCCAGCACGUCGUGCAGCUUGCCUACGCUGCGCAGAGCCCCGUGGCCAUCCGCGUCGCGGCACUCCAUGUGCUGUCGAGCUUGCCGGACGUGGCGACGGUCGCGCCGGCGUUGGCGGCGGUCGUGGCGUCGAGCGAUGUCCUUGGCUACACGCUGAGUGUCCUUGGCACACUGCUGUACCCGGACAGUAAAGCCGAGACCCCGGCCUUUUGUCUCGCCGACCACGACGCGCUCUGGCUCGCGUCGGCUUACGCCCGGUUUGCUCGCUUGUACGCGGCGCAGACGGCGUUGCUGCCCGAGCUGGCCGACGGUAUUGUCAAAAGUCUGCGCUGCCUCGAGCGAUUCGGCGAGGCACAUGAGCACGAGAAGCGCGCGGUGCUGGCGUCCAUGGCGCUGCUUGGUGGCCUCCACGACACACUUGUCCUGGGUGGCACGGUCAAGUACAAGGCUUUGGGCGAUCCCAAGAGCAUCGUGCGCGGUGUCUGCAUCGCGUUGGACCUCAUGCAGAGCACCGCGUGCGUUUUGCCAGAGGGCGACCACGCCAAACUCGAGUACGUGCUCCUCGACGACGUUGCGGCCGACGCAACGCCACCGGUGCACGACGACGUGACGCCGUUGAUCGCGGCGCUCGAUGCACCAUUAUUACUGCAGGGCUUGCACGCGCUGCUGUCGAUGCGCUGCGAACUGCCGCUGUGGGUGCUCGACGUUCGCGCGCGGGCCCUCAAGGCCCUUGAGCGCAUCGGACUUGGUAUUGGCGGCGUCGAGGCUCUUGUGCCCCAGUGGCUCGCGCUGGCGCGGGCGCCACCGGCGGGGCAGAUGCCGCCGUCCAAGCGCCAAACGCUCACGUUCCAGUCCGGACACCCGUACGCCAACUCGAUCGACGUGUACCAAACGAUCUGCGUUGAAGGCGCGACGGGCCUCCGCGUGACGUUUGACGAGCGGUGUCGCACCGAGCACGACUACGACUAUGUCAAAUUUUACAAGGACGACUCGUACAACGAGAUCUGGGGCGAGACCCAGUACACCGGGCGUGACGGCAGCGAAAACUGGGCCGGUUUCGGUGGCCGCCCGCCGCUGGAGAUUCCGACCAACAAGUGCGUAUUGUACUGGCACACGGACGGCUCGGGCAACGACUGGGGCUGGCUCGUCCAGAUCGAAGCCAUUUUCGACAAGAAGGAGGCCAAGACCUCCGCCGCCUCAUCGUCGUCGUGGUCGCUCGACCAGUUGCAGCAGCGGGCGUUCCACCUCUCGGACCUCUUGCACCAGCACAACGUGUCGCCCAACACGCUGGCGCCGGCGUUGCCUGCUCCGAUCGACGACACGCUGCCCGAAACGUGGCAGGUGUCGCCCAAGUACUUUUACCCGGCAGCGUCGACCGCGUACAUGGCGGCAAUCGACGUGACGUUGCACGCGUCACCGGACGUGACAAGUGACGUCGUGACGGUUGUGCCAAAGCACGGACCACUCACGUUGCUGGCGUCGGACGGUCGCUGGGUGCACGUCGCGACGGAGGACGCGGACGGCUGGACACAAGCGCGUGACGACGACACGUUUUACGUGCUGCCGGCAACGGCGCCGCUCGCACGUACCAACACGUCGAUGCUGAACGCUGUCGCUGAGCCGUAUGUCAUUGGACCUGUCACGGGGCUGCUCAAGCCGUCGGCGGACGACGACAUGGGUGCGGACGAGCUCGAGGCGCACUUUGUGCUCAAGACCAAGCCGAGCGACAAGACGCUCGUGCCAUUGGCGCUCGGCGAUGUGCUGCACAACCUUUCGGCGCAGUACGCACGCAAGUGCCUCCAGGCGGUGUGCCUCGCGACGACCGACGGCGUCUCGGCGCCCGUGUUUCUCGAGCUCUGCGAUCUCUUUGUGUUUGAGCGCGAUCCCGAGCGGCCGGACGCCAAGUUUGCGGCGCAGUUGCGGCACCUUGCGCGUCAGCACGAGUCGUUCCGAUGCGACGUUGUCGCGCGCAGUGUGCGCCAGCUGGACGCGGCCGUGGCGCAGCUCCCGACGUCUUCGGUCGUCAAUUACGUGCACAUUGAGAAGACGCCGCCACUCGGCCAGCGCCGCGUGCACUUUCCCGGAGCGUCGCGCCUCCGCAUCGUGUUCCGUGAAGACGAUACAAACGUGACCAACCCCGAUGACGCGCUGCGCUUUUACCACCCGAACGGCACGCUGCUCGGGCAGUACACGGGCGCUAAAGACUCGGGCGUGUGGCCUGGUAUUGGCAGCGUUCCGCCGCUCGAGGUCGACGGCGACACGCUCAUCUUUGUCAACUACGUGCCGAGCUUUGCCGACACGGGCAGCCACGCGUUCAAGGUGUACGCCGAAGGCUUUUACUUGACGCCCGAGGACCCGCCGGUCUUUGAUGCGUCCGUGCUUGAAGGGCGGAUUCGACUGUGCUGCUGGGUGCUUCAAGUGCUCGCAGAGAGCGACCUCUUGCUCGCUAGUCUCGUGGCCAACGCGACGUUGGUCACGACGCUGGAGCUGCUCGGACACGUGUACCAGCUACUGCCGCCGUCGCACCAGGUGCGCGUGCUGGACGCGCUCUGCGGUCUUUUGCGCUCGAAAGUGUCGGCGACGAGGCUGCUGCAAGCUCUCUCGACGGCGCAGAUCCAAGCUCUGCAUGCGUUCGUGCACACCAAACUGCUCUUGCGCCACGACAUUGACAAGCACUAUGGCGACGACCGGUCGCCGCUCAUGCACCGGCUCGUGCAGUGUGCGCUUGCGUGGGACACGCAGCUCGCUUCGUAUCUCCAGACGCUGGCCGUCGACGACGACGUGCGGUGGUUGACGCCGGACGGCACCGGUGCAACGACGGUCACGGCGGCCGCGACGGAGCCCCCGACUCUUGUCCAGACCACAAGAGGGUAUGUGUCGGGGCUGCAUACGUGGGAGAUCACCGUGCACGGAUGCGUCGACGUCGGGGUCGCCACCGACGGCGUUGUUGCUGCCAGUGUACCUGCCACCGAUGCCGAUGUCGUCUCGGUCGAGCUGGAUAUCGCGCACCAGGUCGUGACGUUCCGGCGCAACCGUGCAUUGGUGUGCCGCAAUGAACUGCCGUCGUCGAUGCAACCGUGGUUCCCCGCUGUGCUGUUGGCAGCACCGGGCGACGCAGCAACGAUUCGGGCACGGUCGCUGCUCGCCGACGCCAUUUCGCUGGACCACGUCGACCCGUGGUAUGCCGACGUCCGCAGUGCGAUGGCCAUGGUCGACACGGUCGCUGCUGGCACACCGUCGUCGGCCGUUGCGCUCACACCGUCGAGCGACGUUGUGCACGUCCCAGGCGCCAAGACGUUGCAACUCGUACCGCAAACCGACAGCGGCGCGCACGUGCCGGGCGGCGUCACGGUCGUCGACGCUUUGGGGGCUACGACAACGUUCUCGGCGACCGACUUGCAUGCUGCGGUACCGUCGCCGGCAUCGGCUCUACCGUUGUAUACCAAGGUGGUCCGAGGCAGCGACUGGCAGUACGGCGACGAAGACGGUGGCGCCGGCAACGCAGGUGUCGUCGUCGGAACUGCACCGUGGAAUGGCGUACCGGACGCCGGUGUUCGCAUCUUUUGGCGCAAGACCGCAUUCCAAGGCUUGUACCGCCACAACUACCUCGGGACGUUCGACGUGCUGCCGUUAUCGCCUUUGACCAAGGCCAUCGUCGCGGGUCCGUCGCUCACGAUCGCACCGACGUCGCCGACACCGAGCAUGGCGCUCGACGGCCGCCACGAGAUUGUGCUCUCGGAUCUGCCGUCGCUGCAUGACGAGUGCACGCUGCAGUUUUGGCUGCGCGUGACGCCGAUCGACAGCGACCGCACGCGCCAGUGCAUUUUUCAACUUGGCGCUGCGGACGAUGCGUGGCACCUGCGCCUCGAACUCAACGCCAAGCGCCAGCUCGUGCUCGGCAUGGCCAGCGCUAAGCUCGAAGGUCCGACGCUGCCCGAGGCCACGUGGAUCCGCAUCGAAGUGGGGACGUGCGGGUCGCUGUUAGCGUUGCACGUCGACGGCGCAUUGAGCAGCCACGAGCGCUUUGGCGAAAAGCUGGAUUGGCGUGACGCCGGUGCGUCGACACUGGUGUUUGGCCGUCCGUUUGCGGGGCCGACGCCAUCCGACGCGUUUGUUGGCCACGUAGCCGCGAUCCACGUCUAUGACGCGCCACUGCACUUGAAAUCGUACGCUGCCGCCAACGUAUUCUCCGACGUCUGGGAGACCAACGGCAUGGCGCCGCUGCCGCCGCCGUCGUUUGAUGCUCUCCUGGCGCAGGCGGCCGAGACGACAGAAGACGUGCCGCCGGAAGCCACGUUGCUCGCGCAACUCGAAACGCGCAACGCGGGCACGUCGUUCCCGUCGCUCCGCCCGAAGGGUGUCGGCAUCACGGAGGCGUCGGCGCACACCAAGAUUUACUACGAAAUGACGUUGCUCGACGGCAACGCCAACCAGAUUGGCUGGAGCUUUGGCGACGUGACGUUCACGGGCUGUGGGACGUCCACCACCGGCGUCGGCGACGUCGAACACAGCUACGCGAUCGAUCUGAACCGCAUGGUGCUCUGGCACGGCGACAAGCAAGAAAUUGACGUUGUUGCGUGGACUGCUGGCGACGUCCUUGGCGUCCUACUGGACACGGAGGCGUGCGUCAUGACGUUCUCGGUCAACGGCGUGCUGCUCCAAGAUGUGUCGUUUCAACGCGACGACGACGACGACGAGAGCUGGCUGAGCCACGGGCCGGUGUACCCGAGCGUGUCGCUAUCGACAAACGAAGGCGUGCUCUGGAACAUUGGCCAUCUCCCGUUCCGCCACUGCCCCGAGAGCUACGUCUCGGUGCUCACGGCCGCCGACGCACCGACGGAUCGUAUCGCGUUUGAGAUCUUUGACCUCGAGCGCCAGGCGUGGCACGAUGUCGGCUUUUGGCACCGCGUGCAGCCCGGGUGCCGCCCGCGCCUCGUCGGCACCUGCCUUUCGUCGAUCGAUGCGUGCGACGUGCCGUCGCCCAUCUACCCGAUCGGCGAUCUCCACAUCGUGCCAGCGUCGGCGACUCUCGGUGUCCUGCCGUCGGAUGCAUCGCCGGCGGAACUGGCCGAGCUCGUCCGGUACAUCAACCAGCUGUGUGCGUCCAAGGGCUGGACUAAGCGCGAGCUCCUCGACUUGGGCUGGGCCAACGUCGCGCCAAAGUCGGACGACGAGCUCGUCAAGUGGCCGCUCUUGCACCAAUCGGCGGCGUCGCUUCCAACGCACUUUGCGCUGCUGCAAGCGCUCAACCUGCGCAUGGACGCGCAUUUGCUACUGUAUGUUGGCGUCGAGUACACGGGCGGCGCGCACGUUCCGGCCCUUCUGCACUCGCUCAUGGCGUGCCGCGACUACAUGUACGGUCUCGUCAAGCAAGGGCUUUGGGACCGCGAGAUGGCCGCGACGGCGAUCCCCGGCACAAGCAAGACGCUGGUGCUCAACCGACCGAAAGCGGCCCGGCACCUCGGCGGCGGCCUCAACCCAUUUGCGCUCUUUUUGCAAGCGCACCAAGGCCUCAAGUCGUACAAACCCGCCGAGUUUUGCGCGUCGAGUCGACUGUACACCGUGACGUUCCUCGGCGAGAACGCGAUUGACGUGGGCGGGCCGUACCGCGAGACCUUUUCACAGUUUGCAGCCGAGCUCCAGAGUGCACAGCUGCCCCUCUUGCUCCCGACGCCCAACCACGUGCACAAUGUCGGCAACAACCGAGACGCGUACGUGCUGCACCCGACAGUGUCGCCAAGUUUGCUCAUCUUCCUCGGCAAGCUCCUCGGUGUUGCAAUGCGCUCGAAGGAAUACCUCGCUCUCAACUUGAGUCAAGUGGUCUGGAAGCUUUUGACGCACGAGACGCUGACGAUCGACGACCUCGAGGCCAUCGACAGCCUCGUCGUCAGCUCGAUGAACUCGAUCCGGCGCAUCGACAGCGACGGCGUCGACGCCAACUCGUUCGAAGACGUCAUCCAAGAGACCUUUGCAACGCUCUCGACCGACAACCGCACAGUGCCGAUCGUCCCAGGCGGUGACGCGAUCGCCGUCACGUUUGAGAACCGGGGUGCAUUUGCGGACGGCGUCGAGACGUACCGCUUGCACGAGUUUGACGCUGCCGCCAAGUUCUUGCGCGAGGGGCUCGGACUCGUCGUGCCCCUCCAAGUGCUGCGACUCUUCUCGUGGCGCGAGGUCGAGAUGAUGGUGUGCGGGUCACCGGCCAUCGACAUGGACUUGCUGAAGGAGUGCACCGAGUACAGCUGCUGCGAGCCCACGGACGCGCACGUCAAGUGGUUCUGGGAGGUGCUCUGCGACGACUUUUCUGAAGAGAGCAAGCGCAUGUUUCUCAAGUUUACGUGGGGCCGCAUCCGCCUCCCGCGCUCGAAAGCCGAGUUUGGCCAGCUCUUCAAGCUCCAAAACAACGCCCGCGACCCGCCGGAUACGUAUUUGCCCGUGUCGCACACGUGCUUUUUCUCACUGGAGCUGCCAAAAUAUUCGUCCAAGGCGAUUUUGACCCAGCGGCUCAUGUACGCCAUCUACAACUGCCACGCGAUUGACGGCGACGGCGACGCGCUCGCGGCCAACCAACUCGGCUGGGAGGACUAGAGUUUCCUGGAUCCUGUAACUAACUGCAUGUGUACGACAUCACGAUAUUGUGGGUUUGGGAAUUGCGUUCCGGUGGACCCACGAUGAAUUCUCGGGUUGGACUA